GACUAUUUUGAGAGGCCUCCUGGAGGCACUAAUUAAAGUACUUUUCCUUGGAGCAUGUGUUCAUGUUGAAGCCUGAAAGGAAACUAAAAAGCGUACCAACCCAGUUUCCGGGGGACUGAGAUUGCGACGGACAACCAGGAAGCGGCCGGGCUGGGAGCUGUCUCGGGUUCUCCGCUCUGGUCUCGAGGGCAGGUCCUAGGGUUCCUAUACCGUGUUCCCCAGCUCCGCGCUAUCCCUGCCCCGACCUAGGCUCCGGCCUGGCCUGUCGCUCCGGAGCCGCCAUGUCGUCCGACUUCGAAGGCUUCGAGCAGGACUUCGCGGUGCUCACUGCAGAGAUCACAAGCAAGAUUGCCAGGGUCCCCCGACUGCCCCCUGAUGAGAAGAAACAGAUGGUUGCAAAUGUGGAGAAACAGCUUGAAGAAGCAAAAGAACUGCUUGAGCAGAUGGAUUUGGAAGUCCGAGAGAUACCACCCCAAAGUCGAGGAAUGUACAGCAACAGAAUGAGAAGCUACAAGCAAGAAAUGGGAAAACUUGAAACAGAUUUUAAAAGGUCACGGAUCGCCUACAGUGACGAAGUGCGCAAUGAGCUCCUAGGGGAUGACGGGAAUUCCUCGGAGAGCCAGAGGGCACAUCUGCUCGAUAACACAGAGAGGCUGGAAAGGUCAUCUCGGAGACUAGAGGCUGGGUACCAAAUAGCAGUGGAAACCGAGCAAAUUGGCCAAGAGAUGUUGGAAAACCUCAGUCACGACAGAGAAAAGAUACAGAGAGCACGUGAAAGACUUCGGGAAACGGACGCUAACUUGGGGAAAAGCUCCAGGGUCCUGACGGGGAUGUUGCGAAGGUAAGAGCAAGGAUCAUCCAGAACCGCGUCCUGGUCGUCGUGCUGGCCGUCAUCCUGGUCAUCACCAUCCUGAUGGCGAUCACUUUCUCCUUCAGAAGACACUGAUGUAUCGGCGGGUCCUUGAUAAACAGCAACAGCGGCUCGUGCUGAGUAAUUAAGACAAAAUGGUCACAUGAAUCAUUCUUUUGCGCUGACAGGCCCCGAAUGACCCUCCCUCCCUCUCACCACUGUUCAGCCGGAGUGCAAAGAGUGUAAAAAUAUUUUUAUUCUUGUUUGCA